AUGACUCUGCCGCAUUCACCACCUAUCACUGGCGAAUCCUACCGUCAACCGUCGACUGUUCCAACCAAGCAGCAUAUAUAUUCACGUCUUAUCCCCUCUUUCUAGCCGAUAUGGCGCCUCGUGAAACAAAAUCGAACGGCCAUAAAGUUGGGCGGCAACCAGUUGCACCAAAAGACCACGGAAAGCGACCUCAAGGUAUUAGAAAGGAGCGACCACAACCAUCAUCUCGUAAGAGCGCACGUAUAGCAAAUAUAGAACGCAGCCAGGAACGAACCAUAUCCAAGGUCGGGAAUACCGGACUCAAGCAAACCCUUCCUUCCCCAGCUUGUAAUACUCUCAACACAGAGUUUCCACAUUCUGAGAAUAGAAAACGAAAACGAUCGCAAGAAGCCGAAAGUGUCCCUCUGUCAACGUCCAGGCCCACUCGAAAACGAGCGCGGACGUCACCUUCACAACCUGCUUUCGAGGACACAUCCGGGGGGGUCACAUUAAGCAAGGAUAAAGCGAGCGAACUUGGCGAGAGGGAAAUCGACCCAAUCGAAUACUGGACGGAUAAACGAACGUGGCCUAAGGAGUACUUCAAGAGGGAGAACAGCAUGAACCAUUUACUUGCAAGAAGUCGACUUCUUCGCUUCGUAGAAAACAAUCCGAAGCUGGCUCUAUUACACCUAGCUCUACCACGCCUAGCGAUCAGAAGCCGAGGGAAGUCAAAAGUGCUCCAUAUCACGAUGCGCGUUAUGAGAAUGAACUAGCAACUAAAGGCAGCAGCUACAUGGGCAAAUCCAAAUUGGGUGUCACUGAUAACAAUAAGAACUACUGCCAAACCCUUCUCGAGGCUGAGCAAUCAUUUCCCGUCGAUUCGUUGUUUCACGAUGACUUGUUUGAAGAAACUUGCGAGAUGGUACGGAACAAAAAUGAGGCUAGAGUCGUCCGUGAUAUUUCACCUUUGAUCGUCCCUUCUGCGGAAACGCUGGCCAUCCGUGGCGCCAAGAACCUCAAGGAUUUAAUUGAAAGCGUCAAUGAAGGCUGGAAUAAUUCUAUUCCUAUUACUCAGACCCGUCCGCAACCCGACUAUUCUGUAGGAUUCCGGCGAGAGUCGUUUACUGAAGAGCCGCUUCAAAAGCUUCAACCUUUCGUUGGCGGUGUUAUAGACACCUCUUACUUUAUGGGAACGUACUAUAUGUACUUCCCAUUCCUAACGUGCGAAGUAAAGUGUGGUGGUGCGGCGCUUGAUGUUGCAGACCGACAAAAUGCUCACAGCAUGACUAUUGCUGUGAGAGGUGUUGUGGAACUCUUCAGGCUUGUGAAGCGUGAAAAUGAGCUCCAUCGGGAAAUUCUCGCCUUCUCAGUCUCGCAUGAUCAUCGGACGGUGAGAAUCUACGGCCACUAUCCUGUAAUAAGCGGAGACAAGGCAACAAUCUACCGUCACCCGGUCCAUACGUUCGACCUCACCGCGCUGGAUGGCAAAGAGAAAUGGACGGCAUACAGGUUUGCCAAAAAUUUCUAUGAAAUGUGGAUGCCUACUCAUCUCAAAAGAAUCCGUUCAGCCAUCGACGAGCUGCCACAAGAUCUAGAUUUUGAGGUCUCAGAGCAAUCCGAGUUGGGUGAAUCUGGACUUUCACAGGGGCUGGAGAGCCACUAUCUCUCUCGCCAGUCAAGCCACAAAGCCGCAUCUCUCCGAGAGGAAAGCCAGUCAAGCCGUGCUCCAUCCCGAGAUGUCACUCCAGACACUUCUUUAUCUGAGGGGGUCGAGAGAGCAGCUAAAAAAUCUUAAGAAAAGAGGUCGGGCAGUGGAGUUACAUCAGUGAAUGCCAUAUAGCGUUCAAUAGCGCACUUUCCUUACAUUACGC